UUCCAAGGCCGGGUAUAAACAAAAGGAAGGCUUCUCACUUUCUCAAUCUAUAAGAAACUUUUUUUUCAUUUUUAUAUUAAUUAUAAAGAUAAAAAUUAAAUUUAUGAAAAGUUGCUGUUGCUCUGACAACUUGUAUCACACUUGUCCCGAGGAACUGUCUAAACUGAAUUUUCCGGUUUCGACUAAACAUGUCCACAGGAAGGAAAAGGGAGUUACAACUGCCUGUCAAUAGAAUUAAAACUAUAAUGAGGAGUUCUCCAAAUGUAGAAACCAUCGGACUAGACUCUUUACAUGUUGUUACUAAAUGUACCGAAUUAUUUAUACGCUACUUGAGCAUUAACGGCUUACACGCCAGUGCGUCAAAAGAUAAACUAGAUUAUAAAGGCGUUGCAACAUUUGCCAACCAUGACAAUAAAUUAGGAUUCCUUACUGAAAUAUUGCCUCAUAAAAUGAAGGUGAGAGACAUAAGGGCACUGCUUGCCAACAGUCGCACAUCUGGAAAACCUGAGCAGGAGGAGCAAGAUGACGAAGAAGAUGAAGAUGACAAUGAAAAUUCGAGUGCAGAAGAAGAAACGCAACGAAAGUAAUUUUGAUGUUUGUGUAUAAUUUGUACAUAUCACAAUAGUUCUGUGUUUAAUGGAAAUUAUAAAAACUAUUCAAAGAAUCCCAUUCUUCAUCAAUCAAUUCUCAUUCAUUAAAACUAAAGUGUAAGACUCCUUUUAUUUAAUUAUAUUUAUUA